UUUUUAAGUUACAGUGAAUCUAAAAUUAAAAAAGUAACGUAACGGUUAGAGUAAAAAAAUCUUGGUUUUUUUUUUAAAAAAAAAAAUUGAAUUUUGAGACUUACUGUAACUCGGUAAAUUUUCAAGUUACAGUGGGUCCAAGGUUAAAAGUACAACAUAAUUACUAUUUAGGAUUUACUGUAGCGGUCAGAGUAAAAAAAAAACUAAAUUUUACUUUUUUGUCUUUUUUUUUAAAAAAAUAAUUGAAAUAGCAAAAUCUCUGUUCAGCUUUCUCUAGGACGAGGAGUAGUUACUAAGGUCUCAGAUUGAAAAUCCCAUUUGAUUUUGAGCUAAUUUCUGCUUCUUAAAUGAGCCCAGUUUUUUUUUUGAGAAGAAAACCUGUCUUAAGCCUGACUAAUUCUCAGUACCGAGCAUAAAUUAUUCAAAACUGAAAGCAAAUAGCCUUUGCCUAAUAUGCUUAUAUGAAAAGAAGCCAGAACCCAAUGGCUUCCAUCUCCCCUGUUGAACUUCAUUAGAAAAUGAGAUUUCAUGACUACCACUAAAUGAGGGUGGGCAUAAUUACAUGGGAAAAGACCAACAUGAAAACAUUAUAUCCGCAACCUCACAAAUCAUCCAUACCCAAACUCGUGAUUUCUUCUUUCCAAAUCCAUUUGCAUUUUGUCACAUUUCAUUGAAGGACCUCCAAAAACUGUGUUUGGGUGAACGUUACAAAGUCGUCCGCAUGGAUUUGAAACAAAAUUAGUAUAUGUUUGUUUCGUUUUUUUAGUGUGUGUGUUUUUAGGUAUUUUUUUGUAUUAGAAAUGUAUUGGAAAUGUAAAAAAGUAUGUUAGUAUGAGAUAUUUAUUACUUUAAUAUUAUGAAAAAAUCAUCUAAAAAACAAAACAAAUAAAGCUGCGUUGCCAUACAUGUAACAACUAGUUAUACUUCUUCAAGGAUAGACAUUUAGGCUCUGUUUGUUUCUUUUUUUCUCAUGGUUCUUUCAGAAUAAUAUAAUAAUAUCUGUCCCCAUCCCAGCAUACUUUUUUAUAUUUUCAAUACAAAAAACACAAAAAAACACAUAUUAAAAAAACGAAACAAACAUACUCUUAACUCUCUCUUUGCAUUGACAUACACAAAUAGCCGUUUUAUCAUUUAUACACGGAUCGUUAGAACAUAUUUUUUCCAUUGUUAUUUUGAAAAAAAAAAAAACAUGUGUAAAACCCAUUAUAAUAUUUUGAUAUUUUGUAAUAAGUUAGAUAUUUUGUUUUAUUGAAGACAUGCAUUGUACUUUCCGGAUUUAAAUAAGUGGCAGAUUUAAUUGGAGGGACUAGUACUGAAUUGCACAAUCAUUUUAAAUGUGGAGAAAAACAGUUUAACGGUUAAAAAAAUGUAGGUGAACAUCACUUUUACAAAUUACCAUUUUCCAGUCCUCACUCGUGGUCAGCAAGCAAGAAAAAGAGGUCAACAAAAGUGUGCACUUGUGCGCAGCACGCAAAGAGACAGUCAAAGAGGAUGUCAUCAUUGUCAACGCAGUCAGCAUGCGUGGACCGCACGCACCACGCACGUGUUUCCUCGUAGAAAAGGAAAAUGAAACCUGUAUAAAUUUAGAAGCACUCCCCUUUCUAAAUUUCAACCUUCCAAUUGUAUCUUUCUCCCGUGAUUAAUCAAAUUACCCAAAACCCUUUAAUUCUUUAGCCUGAUGAUGUCUACCAUCAAUCCAUGGAACGGACGCCCCUACUCAACCAGAUAUUACGAAAUUCUUGAGAAAAGAUCGAGUCUCCCUGUUUGGCAGCAGAAAGAUGAGUUCUUGAAGCUGUUGAGCCAAAACCAAACACUAAUCCUCGCUGGUGAAACUGGCAGCGGUAAAACCACUCAGAUCCCUCAAUUUGUCUUGGAACAUUAUUCUCUAUCCCCCGAUGAUUUCACGGUUGCUUGCACUCAGCCUCGACGGGCCGCCGCGAUGUCGGUUUCCCGUCGAGUUGCCGAGGAAAUGGAUGUCAAUGUAGGAGAGGAAGUCGGUUACACCAUCCGUUUUGAGGAUUGCAGCAGCAGUAAUGGAAGAAGAACUGUGUUAAAGUAUUUAACAGAUGGUAUGCUUUUAAGAGAAGCAAUGGCGAACCGGAAUCUGGAGAGAUACAGAGCCAUAGUUCUUGAUGAAGCUCAUGAACGAAGUCUGGCAACUGAUGUUCUGUUUGCUUUACUCAAGAAAGUGAUGAAGCAGAGACCCGAUUUGAAGCUGGUUGUUAUGAGUGAUACUAUUGAAGCUGCUGAGUUGAUUCAGGGCUAUUUUGAUGGUUCAGCACUCAUGAAAAUCCCUGGCAGAGUAAUUCACCCUGUGGAGAUUUUUUAUUCUACUGAUGAUCAUGAGCCCGGGAAGGAUUAUGUUGACUCUGCAAUUCAUACUGUGUUAAGGAUCCAUGUUUGUGAGCCUCCCGGUGAUAUACUCGUUUUUCUUACUGGAGAAGAAGAGAUUGAGGAUGCAUGUAAGAAGAUAACAGAGAAAGUGAGUAAUUUAGGUGAUCAAGUGGCCGGACCGAUCAAAGUAGUUCCUCUGUACUCUGCAAUUCCUCAGGAUGCGGAAGGCGGCCCGGCUGGUAGGAAGAUUUUCGUGGCGACAAACAUUGCAGAAACUUCGUUAACCAUUGAUGGAAUCGUUUAUGUUGUAGAUUCCGGUUUGUCGAAGCAAAAUGUAUACGAUCCUCUGAAUCAUGUGGAGUCUUUAAAGGUGUCUCCAAUAUCAAAAACAAGCGCUCGCCGGCGAUCUGAACUUGCUGGAAGGACGCGGCCUGGAAAAUGUUUUAGGCUCUAUUCCAAGGAAAGUUUCGAUUCUACGUUUGAGUCGCAAACAAUUCCGGAAAUACAACGCUCAAAUCUGACAAGCACUAUUCUUUCUCUGAAGAAGAUUGGUACUAUGAUUGAUUUGAACAGUUUCGAUUAUAUGGAUGCUCCGGCUCCUGAUGCAGUGAAGAAAGCUUUGGAGGUUUUGUAUUACUUGGGUGCCAUAGAUGGUGAGGGAAACCUCACAAAGACAGGUGAAAUGAUGAGUGAAUUCCCCUUGGACCCUCAGAUGUCCAAAAUGCUUGUGGUCAGCCCUGAAUUCAACUGCUCCAGUGAGAUUCUCUCAAUAUGUGGUAUGCUUUCAGUACCAAAGGCGGAAAAAGUAGCGGAUGAUCAUGAGGCAGGGGCUCGUUUUGGUCACAUUGAUGGUGAUCAUCUCACACUGUUGAAUGUGUACCAUGCAUACAAGCAGAACAAGGGCGAUCCGCGAUGGUGUUUCGAGAAUUCCAUCAAUCACAGAUCACUUAAAUUAGCAGACAGUAUCAGACAACAGCUGGCUGGCAUCAUGGCUAGAUUGAACCUCAGGUUAUGCAGUACAAAUUUCAACAGUGUUGAAUACUACGUCAAUAUCAGAAAGGCUGUGCUGGCUGGUUAUUUUAUGCAGGUGGCUCACUUGGAGCGGCGCGCCGGGCAUUAUUACUGCCUGACCAUGAAACACAAACAAGAUGAUCAGGUGGCUUAUUUGCAUCCUUCAAGCUGCCUUGAUGAUUACAAACCGGAUUGGGUUAUUUACAAUGAAUGUGUUGUUUCCACCGGCAAGACAUUUAUCCGAACAGUCACUGAUAUUCGUGGAGAAUGGUUGUUUGAUGUAGCUCCUCAUUAUUUUGAUCUGAAUAAAUUCCCGGAUUGCCAAGCGAAGCAUGUCCUUGAGAGUGUUUAUCAUUAUAAGAAGAAAGCAAAAGCUUGAUGUUGGGAUAUGCUUUUGGAGGUUCUUAAUCAGAUGUUCUACAAAGCUUGGAUGUUGUUGUUCUUCUUCCUUCCAAGAGAUUGGCAAUGCCACAGCUGCUAAGUUCCCUUAUUGGAAGGUGAAGGUUUUUUGUUGUUGUUGUUGUUUUGUCUUAAUUUCUACGAGUUGAUUGAUUUUCAGUUUCAUGCAUGCUUUAUUUGGUAUUGUAAUAAAACAAAAUGAUAUCUCUUUUUUUUUUUUUUUUUU